GAGCCGUGAGCAGUUGGGCGCGAGGCAGGAGGGCGAAGCAACCGCUGUCAAUCCCCUGUGGGAGGACUCUGCCCUUCCCUAGAAGGAGCGGGAGAAAAUGACCAAGUUUCAGGAGACAGUGACCUUCAAGGACAUGGCUAUGGUCUUCACCCAGGAGGAUCUUGGACUGCUGGACUCUGCCCAGAGGAAGCUGUACCAAGAUGUGGUACUAGAGAACUUCGGGAACCUGCUCUCAGUGGGCUAUCAACCCUUCAGCCUAGACAUGGUAUUAUGGUUGGUAAGAGAAGAGAAGUUUUCAAUGAUGGAGACAGAAACCCAAGGAGAUGGGUAUUCAGGACACAGGAAUCAAAAUGAGAUAGAGGUUCUUCAUGAAGUAGGAUUAAAAUACCUUUCGCUUGAAGACCUUAUGUGCUGGCAAAUAUGGAAACAAUUUACAAGGAAAUUAACUGGAAAUCAAGACUUGCUAAUAAAUCUUCAAGGCAAGAGGUCCAUGUUAGCAAAACAAGGUGAUUCUCUCUGCUGGGUGUGGUCAGGAGAGUCUAUUCAGGUUUCUGAAGAUAAGAACUAAGUAAUAAAAUGUCAAGGGGAGAGUUCCAGUAGUAUCAAAAAUAAAGAGUUUUCAAUUAGGAUCCCCUGGAAUUUCUGGAGGAAAAUGUAUCUGAGAGAGUCACACAAUUAUCAGAGUAAGUGUCAGCAAAUUGAUGUAAAAAAUAAACUCUCUGAAUGUGACCAUUGUGUUAGACAAAGGAUUGCUCAUCACUGUGAUGAUCAGAGAGUACACAAAAGAGAGAAAGCUGUUAGCCACAAUAAUUGUGGAAAAGACUUUAUGAAAAAAUCAUCCCAGUGUAGUAUAAUUCAACCAGGAAAGCAAGCCUCUGAUGAGAAUGGAAGAGGCUUUAGCUCUAAUCUUCAGCUCCAUCAGCAAUUGCACUUAGGAGACAAGCCCCAUGUAGGUACUGAGUAUAGAAAAGCCAUGGUUUGUAGCUCAGUGCUUCCCAUGCAUCAGAGUGUCCACACAAGACAGAAAUGCCGUAGGAGUGAUGAGCAUAGUGAAGGUUUCAGUCAGAGCUUGCAUCUGCAACCUCUUCAGAGAGUCAGCACAGGAGAGAAACCCUGCAGAUGCCAGCUAUGUGCCCAGAGCUCCUUUCUCCCAACUCAUGAGCUUUCUCCUGGAGAGAAGCUGUGUAUACAAAACAGGUGUGGGGAGGAUUUCCACGUAGAUCUUGACAUUCACUAUGUAGCCAACACUGGAGAGAGAGUCUGUAAAUAUGCUAUGUAUGAUAAAGGCUUAAGUCAGAUAUCACAACUUCAAGUCCAUCAGACCGCCCACUCUAUAGACAAAACAUAUAGAUGGGAGGCAUGUGAUGGAAUAUUUAAUCUGAAUUCUGGUCUUCAUCAGAAGAUUCACACUGCGGAGAAACCAUAUGAAUGUGAGGUAUGUGGUAAAGGCUUCAGUAAGGCCUCAAACCUUCAAGCUCAUAAGAGAAUCCCCACUGGAGAGAAACCCUACAAAUGUGAUGUGUGUGAUAAGAACUUCAACCAUAAUUCCCAUCUUCAAGCCCAUCGGCAAGUCCACAUAGGAGAGAAACCUUACAAAUGUGACACACGUGGCAAGGACUUCAGUUGGAUCUCUCACCUUCAGGGCCAGCAGAGAGUUCACACAGGAGAGAAGCCAUACAGUGAGACAUGCGGAAAGGGCUUUAGUCGGAGUUCACACCUUCACGACCAUCAGCGAGUCCACACUGGAGAGAAACCCUACAAAUGUGAUGUGUGUGGUAAGGGCUUCAGUUGAAGUUCACAUCUUCAAGCCCAUCAGAGAGUCCACACAGGAGAGAAACCAUACAGGUGUGAAGAAUGUGGGAAAGGCUUCAUUUGGAACUUAUAUCUUCAAGUUCAUCAGAGGAUACACACAGGAGUGAAACCCUAUAAAUGUGGCAUGUGUGGUAAGAGCUUCAGUCAGACCUCACAUCUUCCAGCCCAUCGGCGAGUCCACACUGGAGAGAAACCAUACAAAUGUUUUGCAUGUGGCAAGGGCUUUAGUAAGAGUUCCUGUCUUCAGGUUCAUCGGAGAGUUCAUAACGGUGAUAAAUUCAACACACGUGAUGAAUGUGGUAAAGGUGUUCUUUAAGACUUGGACUGCUCAUUUUCCUUAGAAAAUCCACGCAGCAGAGAGUAUUGAUUAAAUGUCAUGUUCUAA